UAAGAGAGACAAAAAGAAAGUUGUAGAAUUUUCAAAAAAAAUCUUGAGUAAUGGGCCGCGUAUAAUGUCGUCCCAUGUGCAAUGCCGUUGGCCCCUCUGAAGAUAUAGGUGGUCGGAAAAGAUCUAAAUCACAGUUCCGCAUCUAACUUGAAGGCUGAUCCGGCCACAAAAAUAUUUUUUUAUAGAGCAUGGGGAAGAGGCGUGGCGUUGGCCAAAUCCCAUCGCAAAGAUCCGAACUCAUGGGAAUGGAGCUCCCCCUAAGUUUGCUGUGGAUCUCCCUCACCCUCGUUCUCCUCUACUUCCUCACCAAAGCUGCAAAGAAGAAUUCACCUUCCUGCAACGUCAGACUGCCGCCCGGUCCGGCGGGGCUCCCCGUUCUGGGCAGCCUCUUGGAGGUGGGCGACCAGCCCCACCGCUCGCUCGCCCGCCUGGCCAAGACCCACGGCCCCGUGAUGGCCCUCAAGCUCGGCCUCACCACCACCGUCGUCGUCUCAUCCCCCGCCGCCGCCCGCGAGGCCCUCCAGAAGAAAGACCAGCCCCUCUCCGCCCGGUGGGUUCCCGACGCCGUCCGGGUCUUCGGCCACGAGCAGGUGUCCAUGAUAUUUGGCCCUGCCAGCCCAUCCUGGAAACACCUCCGCGCGAUCUGCAGCACUCACCUCUUCUCCGUCCGAAGCCUCGACGCCACCCGAGAACUCCGCCAGCAGAAGGCCCGCGAUCUCGUCGCCUACGUCCGCGAACAUGCCGGCCGUCCGAUUGACGUCGGACGAGCCCUCUUCGGGACAGUCCUCAAUCUCAUAUCCAACACUAUGUUCUCCUUCGACAUGGUUGAUCUCCACUCGGAAUCCACCCAAGAGUUCAGGGACUUGGUGUCGGCCCUCACCUCGGAGGUUGGCAAGCCGAACCUCUCCGACUUCUUUCCGGUGCUUCGCAUCAUCGACCCGCAAGGCCGGCGGCGCCAAAUCGAGGUCCAUCUCAAGAAAUUGUUCAGGGUGUUCGACGAGAUAAUAGACCAAAGAUUGAGUUCCAAUCCUACAGCGGCGGCAGCGGAGCGUGGUGGUGAUUUCCUGGGCGCGCUUCUCCAGCUCCACUCACAAUCCAAGCUCGACCGGAAGGCUAUAAGAUCCCUCCUCGCGGAUUUGUUUGCUGCUGGGACGGAUACGAGCUCGAUCGCAACGGAGUGGGCCAUGGCUGAACUGCUGAAGAACCCGAGCAAACUGGCAAGAGUCCGUAAAGAACUGGAGGAAGCGAUCAGAUUGCCAGGUCAAGAAGUCGAGGAGUCCGACAUUGCCCGGUUGCCUUACCUCCAAGCAGUGGUGAAGGAGGUCUUGAGGCUGCACCCGCCGGCGCCGCUGCUGCUGCCGCACCGGGCGGCGGAGGCCGGGGUGGAGCUGGGAGGCUACGCGGUGCCGGAGGAGGCCCAGGUGCUGGUGAACGUGUGGGCCAUGGGGCGGGACGAGGAGGUGUGGGCGGAGCCGGAGGCGUUCGCGCCGGAGAGGUUUCUGGGGAGGGAGGUGGACUUCCGGGGGCGGGACUUCGAGCUGAUCCCGUUCGGGUCCGGGCGGCGGGCGUGUCCCGGGCUGCCGCUGGCGGCGCGGACGGUGCACCUGCUGCUGGCCUCGCUGCUGCGGUCGUUCGAGUGGAGAUUGCCCGAAGGGAUGGCAGCAGCCGACGUCGACCUCUCGGAGAUGUUUGGAGCUACGCUUGCCAUGGCCCGCCCGCUGCGGGCUGUGGCCGUCCCAGUCGUGUGAGUCCAGGCGAUUAUAAUAUUUGGCCUAUCAGAAGCCCUAUAUUGCACGGCAAAUGCUUUUAAUUCACGAGCGUUGAAUUUGCUUGCUCCUGUAUCACCAUCCUCCUAGCAUUGGCACACUGAUGUAGCUGUUAUUUUAUUUUUAAUAAAAGAAUUGUAUAAGCAAAGACAAAUAUGAACGAAUGGAUUAAGAGAGCUGCGGAGGUACACAAAA